CGCGGGGGAGGCCGGGUCUCCAGGCCCCCCGCGCCCGGCAGCCGCCCCCGGGGGCCAGGCACCUGUUCGGCCGGCCUGGCGUGGUCGCCGGGGCCAGGAUGAAGGUGACCGUGUGCUUCGGCAGGACGGGCAUCGUGGUGCCCUGCAAGGAGGGCCAGCUGCGCGUCCGGGAGCUCACGCAGCAGGCGCUGCAGCGCUACCUGAGGACCCGGGAGAAGGACCCUGGCUACUGGGUGAAGAUCCAUCACCUAGAAUACACAGAUGGAGGAAUCCUGGAUCCAGAUGAUGUCUUGGCAGAUGUCGUUGAAGACAAAGAUAAGCUGGUUGCUGUGUUUGACGAACAAGAACCACUCCACAAGACUGAGAGCCCCAGCGGAAACCCUGCGGGUCGGCAGAGCCCAGACGCUUUUGAGACGGAAGUGGCUGCCCAGUUGGCUGCUUUUAAACCAAUUGGUGGGGAAAUUGAAGUAACCCCUUCUGCUCUGAAAUUAGGCACUCCACUGUUGGUGAGGAGAAGCAGUGACCCGGCACCAGGCCCACCUGCUGACGCCCAGCCAAGCACUUCCCAGCCCAAUGGCCAGAGUCAGAAACCUGUUAUUCCAGAUUCCACACAGAACUUAGAAGAUGGAGAAGGUAUGAAUGGUGUACAGACAGAACUACUGACAUCGCCAAAAACUAAGGAUGCCUUGAGUGAUAUGACAAGAACAGUGGAGAUUUCUGGGGAAGGAGGCCCCUUGGGAAUACAUGUAGUCCCCUUCUUUUCAUCUCUGAGCGGAAGGAUUCUAGGACUCUUCAUCCGUGGCAUUGAAGAAAACAGCAGGUCCAAGCGGGAAGGACUAUUUCAUGAAAAUGAAUGUAUUGUAAAAAUCAACAAUGUGGACCUUGUAGACAAAACCUUUGCUCAGGCUCAGGAUGUCUUCCGUCAGGCGAUGAAAUCACCAAGUGUGCUCCUCCGCGUGCUUCCACCUCAAAACCGGGAACAGUAUGAAAAAUCCGUCAUUGGACCUCUCAACAUUUUUGGUAAUAAUGAUGGCGUUUUGAGGACAAAGCUGCCACCUCCUGUCCAUGGGAAAUCAGGAAUAAAGACAGUAAAUCUCACAGGAGCAAGCAGUCCUGAGGAAGAUGCUUCGACUUCCCUGCAACAAAGCCAGAGCCCUCGAGUGCCAAGACUUGGGAGAAACACAUCCUCGCCCUCACUCUCCCCUCUCCUGGGGUUUGGCAGCAAGAAAAAUGCAAAGAAAAUUAAGAUUGACCUAAAGAAAGGCCCUGAAGGACUUGGUUUCACUGUUGUUACCAGAGACUCUUCCAUACAUGGUCCUGGUCCAAUUUUUGUAAAAAACAUUUUACCAAAGGGAGCAGCAAUAAAAGAUGGCCGCCUACAAUCAGGGGACAGAAUUUUGGAGGUUAAUGGCAGAGAUGUCACCGGACGAGCUCAGGAAGAGCUUGUGGCCAUGCUGAGGAGCACCAAGCAGGGAGAGACAGCAUCACUUGUCAUCGCUCGCCAAGAAGGAGCUUUUCUGCCCCGAGAGCUGAAAGGAGAACCUGACUGCUACGCGCUCUCCCUGGAAACAACUGAACAGCUCACCUUCGAGAUCCCCCUGAAUGACUCAGGUUCUGCUGGCCUUGGAGUGAGCUUGAAAGGGAACAAAUCUCGAGAAACUGGAACAGACUUGGGGAUUUUUAUCAAAUCCGUCAUCCAUGGAGGUGCUGCUUUUAAGGAUGGUCGUCUACGGGUGAAUGACCAGCUGAUUGCCGUGAACGGGGAGUCUCUGUUGGGAAAGUCCAACCACGAAGCUAUGGAGACACUCAGGCGAUCCAUGUCCAUGGAAGGAAACAUCCGAGGGAUGAUCCAGUUGGUGAUCCUGAGGAGGCCAGAGAGACCAGUGGAGGAGCCUGCAGAAUGUGGGGCGCUUUCUAAGCCGUGCUUUGAGAACUGUCAAAAUGCUGCACCCACCUCCAGGAGAAAUGACAAUAGUGCGUUGCAUCCGUUUGGCACUUACAGUCCCCAAGACAGACAGAAAGAGCUGUCGCUUCCUGGUGACGGAUGGGCCGAGAGCGAAGUACCCCCUUCCCCACCGCCACAUCCUGUUCUGGAAUUGGGGCUUGAAGAUUACAGCCACAGCGCUGGGGUGGAUUUGGCAGUAUGUUUUCCAGAUCAGCACAUCAACUUCAGAUCUGUGACACCGGCCGGGCAGCCUGAAUCAAUGAAUCUGAAAGCCUCAAAGAGCAUGGACCUUGUGCCAGAUGAAAGCAAAGUCCAUUCAUUGGCUGGACACAAAUCGGAAUCUCCAAGCAAAGAUUUCGGUCCCACCCUGGGUUUGAAGAAGUCCAGUUCCUUGGAGAGCCUACAGACGGCGGUUGCUGAGGUCCGGAAGAAUGAACUUCCCUUCCACAGGCCCCGGCCGCACAUGGUUCGCGGCCGCGGCUGCAAUGAGAGCUUCCGAGCGGCCAUUGACAAGUCUUACGAUGGGCCCGAAGACUUAGAAGCCGACGGUCUGUCUGAUAAGAGCUCUCACUCCGGCCAAGGAGCUCUGAAUUGUGAAUCUGCCCCUCAGGGGAACUCGGAGCUAGAAAACGUGGAUCAUAAAGCCAGGAAAGUCAAGAAGCUGAAGGAGAAGGAGAAGAAGAAGGAAAAGGGCAAAUCGAAAGUCAAAGAGAAAAAGCAGAAAGAGGACAAUGAAGAUCCAGAAAGGAAAAUGAAGAGGAAGGGAUUUGGCGCCAUGCUGAGAUUUGGAAAGAAGAAAGAGGAUAAGGGUGGGAAGGUGGAACAGAAACACCCUCUGCAGCACAAGCACGGUGGCCUGAGAGAGGAGGAGCUGGAAACAAUGAGGGAGGAACGUGCAAGGAUUGGAGCAAAACAUCAGGAAUUAAGAGAAAAGCAGGCAAGAGGUCUUGUUGAUUAUGCUACUGGUGCGAUUGGAUCACUGCAUGAUAUGGACGAUGAUGAAACGGACCCCAAUUACGCCAGGGUGAACCACUUCCGGGAACCAUGUGCAUCAGCAAUGGUCUAUAGGUCUCCAUCUCCCCCACGGACUGGACCACUGGUUUACCCUCGGGAUGGCCGUCCACUGUCUCCAGAGAGAGACCACUUAGAGGGUCUCUAUGCCAAAGUCAACAAGCCUUACCAUCCACCCAUGCCAGUUGACAGUGGCCGUUCUGCAAGUGGAAGCACUGACCGCAUCCAGAAGCUGCGGAAGGAAUACUAUCAGGCUCGGAGGGAAGGUUUUGCUUUGUAUGAGGACGAUGAAGGAAGAGCGAGGCCGUCUGAUUAUGACCUUCACUGGGUGUCUGGAAAGGGUCCAGAUGGGAGUGCACACAACCUCCGCUAUGAGGGGAUGGAGAGACAGUACGCAUCCUUACCCAGGGGAGGACCAGCCGAUCCUGUUGACUAUCUGACAGCAGCACCUCUUGGGCUCUACAAGGAAAGGGAGCUUCCGUAUUACCCAGGGGCUCACCCUGUGCAUCCUCCCAAAGGGAGCUAUCCCCGCCCCCCGGAUGUGAGGGUCGCAGAUCUCCGGUAUCCUCAGUACUACCCGCCCCCACCAGCCCCCCAGCACAAAGGACCCUUCCGACAGGAUGUGCCACCUUCCCCUCCUCAGCACCACAGAGUGCCAACCUACCAGGAAGUGGGCAGACCCGGGCCCCGAGGGGGCAGCCCCGACCAGUACCCCUACCGCACCCAGGAUCCCCGGCAGAAGGACCCGAUGACUGCAGCCGUGUAGCUGAACACCUCGAGCUCGGCGCAGCCCAGAAAGGAAGACGGCUCCCAUCACCGUUACCCUUCCUAGACCUCAAGGCCUUCUUCCUGUUAAGAAUUGUCCAUGGUACAGAUGAGGUUUUUCUCACUGAGGUUUCAACACUUGACUGCUAAUUGGAGGGAAAAGGAAGGGACAGGAGUUUGGGGGGCGAAUAUCAGGAGGAAGGGGAAGGAUGGAGCCAUAAAAACAAUACUGCCUGAUAUUUGAAAUACUUUUAGCAUUUUUCCGUUCAGUGAGAGUGGUCAUUGCACAGGCAAAUAACAGUGGAGAUAUUCCACGUGGUGCCUCCCUGGCUGGGUAACCUGCGUGCGCACACGCGCCCUGUAGAAUUGGCAGCACGGAGGCCGUCUCUGCCCAGAUCAUCAUCCAUUCAGAGGCUGAGCUUCAGCCACCACAUUAGAGUUAUUGAGUCGAUGGGCAUCUUAAGUGAGCAGGUUUUUCUUUGAAAAAACAAACAAACAAACAAACACAACAAACGUGACUAGUGAUCUUGAAAUGCUUUAUACCCGGAGGAAGACGGCGUCUCUUUAUCUGAAGAAUUUCUCAGGUUCCCGGUACCACUCACUUGGUAUAAGCAUCUCACAUUUCCUGACUUUUAUAUAAAAGUAAGAUGCAAAUGCAGUAUUAGUGCCCUGGGAGAAUGUGCAAAGCAAGUUGGAGCUUCCAGAAGGAGUAUAUUCCGAGGGCCAAGGGGGAAGAGGCUGAAACUCCGUGGCCUCGCCUUCCUUCCUCCCACGUCCCAGGCUGGAGGGCAGGGAGAUACCUGCUUUCAGAGUCGUGCCCGAAUCUCCUGCCUGUGGUUGUUGUGACUGGAGCCUCUACAUUAAGGCUCCCACUUGAGAGUGAAAAUGUGCUUGAGAAAAAGAGGCCAGUGGUUAGGGCACACAGGAAGCAGUGUCCUGGAGGUACCCGUUCCAGAUCAGUGCCAAACAGUGCCAUCUGCACCGAGGACGGGGGGUGGGGCUGGGUGCAGCUUUGGAGAUUGACAGCCAGCAGGUAGUAGAUGGCAGGGACUGCGUGUGUGCAUGUGUGCGUGUAUGUGUGUGUGAAGGCAUGUGAUUACCAGUGUGGGGAGUGGAAGAUAAAAAUGCUUGCUGGAAAGUUUGAUGAGGAAAGGAAUAAAAAGGAAAAAAAAAAAAAACAGAAAUAAGGGAAGGGAGGAGAGGCAUAGAACUAAAUCAUUCUCUGUCUGCUCUAUUUCAUUAACUAAAGUCAAGGCAGGACAGAGGCCCAGGUCUCCAACUGGGGAAACAAGGUCUUAGGGCUUUGAAAAGCUGAAACCCCACCCUCCAAAACCCGUCACAAUUUCUUUUGAGCUUUGCAGCUACUUUCUACUUAUUUCAACAGUGUGUCUAAAACUUAUAACCUGACCCAAAUGAGAAUGCAGACAGAAGACUGAGAAAGAGCAGAACCUGGGAGCAGUGGUUUGAACUGCUGAGUGGUUCUUGAAAUACUUUAAGCCUUUUCACAUUCCUUCUUCAUUCCCUCCAAAAAAAAAAAAAAAAAAAAAGUCAAGUUCAAUUUAGACAUAUUUUGGCCAAGAUUAGAAUACCUCUGACUGAUAGGGUUUAAUAAAUUAUAGUAUUAUUGAAUAUGUAGAGUAUCCAUCUAGCCCAGCCUAGUCUUAUUUUUUUAGCUUGAAAUUGAGUUCUGUUCCCAGGAAUGAUGCACCUGCUGGUUUUAGUCGUCAAUGGUGUUGCUUAUGGCACUUGGAGAGGUACAGCUUUCUGAGCUACAGUUACUUCUGGCCCCUUUGAGAACAGACCCUCAGGUUGUUGUCUGCCCUCUGUCAUCUCUCUUAAGCCAGGACCUUUCGAUUGUUUGCAGUUUGUGCAAAGAGGUUGAGGGUCUCGGCCUGCUCACCUGGAGGGGGCGUGAGGGGGGCGCAGGGUCUCCCUGCCAGCGUGCUCGGUGCCGCCUCCCCUCACACAGAAUAAACCUUCUGGGAGAAAAUGACGCGCUGAGGGAAAUGUACUUGUUUGAAGCAUUAAAAAGCAGCUCUUCAGUAUGUUCCGUAGUUUACCCAGAUUUCUCCAGACUAGUGGACUUAACCAAGCCAGAGGGGCCUUCUGGAUGAAGGCCCGGGCCUCUGAGGGGCAGCGGGGCAGAGGCGUACGGGGAGGUGUCCUGCUGUGUUGGAGGAGCAGCCCCUGUAUGAAGAAGGCCUGUGUCUACCCCUCGGCCACCCUGGGGGCACGUGCCCCCAGCCGCAGGCCCAGGGCGGGCGCUGCAAGCGGGGUUCUGUGUUGUACACACAGUUGGUAAAAGAGCCACCAGUCCUGAGGGGCGCCCGGGCUGGGAAGGUGCUAUCAGUCUGGACAGAAAUAGGUUACAGCAGUUUUCUUUUCUUGCUAGAAGUGUAACACAGGCCCCACUUGACCGUGCCCGAAAGAGGCUAACGUCAGGUGUGCGACAGAGGCUCCGUCAAGCCAAGCAACAGUUGGGAACAGCUCAAACCUAGCUUUAUAAACAUCUGUGUCCCAGCCCUCCACUGGUCCCCAGCCAGAGGUUACAGGCUCUCCCCCAGUGUUUGGAAGACCAAGCUGUCACCAGUAUGUGCCCAGUAGCAGGAAACCGUCCCGCUUUAUUUACAGCCUUGGACAAAGUCAAUCAGGCGUCUCCGCGUGGCUCAGAAUGCUGAUGGCCCCCAGGAAGAGCGCGGCACAGCAAGCUGCAGA